AUGACCUCGCACAUACAACCGCAGAUAUGCCUGGGGGCCACGGCUCCUAAUUUCACUGCAAACACAUCGCAAGGACAGCUGGACUUUUACAGCUACGCCAAAGGCUCGUGGUGUCUAUUCUUUUCCCACCCGGCAGACUUCACACCAAUAUGUACCACAGAAAUAGGCGCUUUCGCGCAGCUGGCCGAUGAGUUUGAACAGAGAAACUGCAAGAUGCUUUGCAUGUCAACGAACUCUGCUGAAACUCAUCUUCAGUGGAUUCUAGAUAUUGAGGAUGUAACCGGCGCCAAAGUCACAUUCCCCAUGAUCUGCGAUGAGGACGGCAGGAUAUCCACUAUGUUCGGCAUGGUGGACUCCCGCAACUUCGACGAGCGUGGCCUCCCCAUUCCCAUACGAUGCGUUCUGAUCAUCGACCCGCAGUUUGAGGUCCGCCUACUGCAUGCGUACCUGCUGUCUACCGGACGCAACACAGCCGAAAUUUUACGGUGUCUGGACUCCUUGCAAGUCGUCGACCAGAUGCAUGGCAAGGUGAUGACGCCCAUCAACUGGAUACCCGGAGACGACGUGGUCCUGUCUCCACAGGUGGAUCAAGAAGACAUAGAGCGCAACUUCCCAGAAGCGCGCGAGAUCCGUCCAUACCUGCGCCUGACGCCGCUGGAUAUGGACUAG